GUUAUUUCAGAGACUAUGGAUAUACUCUUCAGAAUGAGAGGUGGCCUUGAUCUAGCUUUUCAGCUAGCUACUCCUAAUGAAAUUUUUGUCAAGAAAGCACUAAAACAUAUGUUGAGUGACCUGUCAACCAAGCUUUCUUCAAAUGCACUUGUGUUCAGAAUCUGCCACAGUUCAGUGUACAUAUGGCCUAACAGUGACAUGAACACCAUUCCAGGAGAACUGACUGAUAGUUCCACCUAUUUGAACAGGAAGAGGAUACAAAACGAAAAUUCAUGAGGAAGAAAGACAAAAGGUUGUCAGACGUGCAUCAAAUAGUAAAUAUAGAUCUUAUGCUGGAAAUGUCAACCCCUCUGGCAGCUGUAACACCCAUCAUUGAAAGAGAAAGCGGAGGACACCACUAUGUUAAUAUGACUUUACCAGUCGAUGCAGUUGUAUCUGUUGCUCCAGAAGAAACGUGGGGAAAAGUUCGUAAACGUCUAGUUGAUGCAAUUCAUAAUCAACUAACUGAUAUGGAAAAAUGCAUUUUGAAAUACAUGAAAGGAACAUCUAUCGUGGUCCCUGAACCACUGCACUUUUUAUUACCAGGGGAAAAAAAUCUUGUAACAAUUUCAUAUCCAUCAGGAAUUCCAGAUGAUCAGCUGCAGGCCUAUAGAAAGGAGUUACACGAUCUCUUCAAUCUGCCUCAUGACAGACCUUAUUUCAAAAGGUCUAAUGCUUAUCACUUUCCAGAUGAACCAUACAAAGAUGGUUACAUUAGAAAUCCACAUACUUAUCUCAAUCCACCUAACAUAGAGACUGGUAUGAUUUCUGUGGUCCAGGGCAUAUAUGGUUACCAUCAUUAUAUGCAGGAUCGGAUCGAUGACAAUGGCUGGGGCUGUGCUUAUCGGUCUCUGCAGACUAUCUGCUCUUGGUUCAAACACCAGGGAUACACAGAGAGAUCCAUUCCAACACACAGAGAAAUUCAGCAGGCUCUAGUUGAUGCUGGGGACAAACCAGCAACAUUUGUCGGAUCACGGCAGUGGAUUGGAUCUAUCGAGGUGCAGCUGGUACUGAACCAUUUGAUUGGUAUAACUUCAAAAAUACUGUUUGUCAGCCAAGGUUCUGAAAUGGCCUCUCAGGGACGGGAACUGGUUAAUCAUUUCCAGAGUGAAGGAACGCCGGUAAUGAUCGGGGGAGGAGUUUUGGCCCACACAAUACUAGGAGUUGCAUGGAAUGAGAUUACAGGACAGAUAAAAUUUCUGAUUUUAGAUCCGCAUUAUACAGGCGCUGAAGAUCUGCAAGUUAUUUUAGAAAAGGGCUGGUGUGGAUGGAAGGGUCCAGACUUUUGGAACAGCGAUGCUUACUAUAACUUAUGUCUUCCUCAGCGACCAAAUACUAUUUAAAAUAUCUUGGACUCAAAGACUGUAGUAAAGUUGUACUUUAUAAAUUUGUUGAUAAAGAAUAAAUUUAAUUUCAAAUUAAAUCCUGGGUGUAGUUUGAUUGUUUCUAUGAUAUUUUUGUAAAGGUUGUAAAUAUUAAAGAAAAGAAUUUAUUCCGUAGACACUCCUUUAAUAAAUUAAAAGACAAAGCAUGCACAACCAGAAUGUUACAGGCAUAUAAAUACAUGUAUUCUUGAAUGUUAUCUUCACUUAGAAGAAAGUUUUCCUCCUUCUUAGAAGGUGUUUAGACACACUUGAUGAGCCAAAAGCCAUAGCUUGUAGCUGAGCAGUAGAUCUGCAUGAAGUGAAGACCUUCUCCACACCUCUUCAUAACCAAUACGACAUCUGUUGUUAAAAAACAUAUUAACAUUAAAAACUUUAAAAAGGUUUCCUUCCCAAUCUUCCACCAUGCAGGACAAUUUUUGGUCUCUAGAAUCUAGUAGUAGUUACUACAACCAGUAUUAAAAUGUGUUAAUGAGAAUGAAAAGUUAUACUAGAAAUAAGACUGCCAAUAUUUAAACGAAACAAUAAAUUCUGUGCUAAUUAAGAGAUCCAUGAGGGAGGAAGAAAGAAGAAACUAUGAAUUCCUUACCAACACUUCCUUUUCCCAUUUGUAUCUUCUUUACUUCCAAAACUUCGUUUCUGUCUGAGCACUGGAACACAAUGAUCUUUAUUGAAUUGUUCACUUGGUUUUAUUGUCUGCAUACAUUUAAUUGUUGUAAGAAACUUGCCACAUUCUGGAAAUCCACAUGACCAAGCAAGAUCUUCAGCUGUUUGCCCAUUCUUAUUACAUAAACUGAA